CGCUGGAAUAACUUUUCUUCAGUUUCAAGUGCACUUAAGUGACUGUCACGAUCAAGCUUGUUUUUUGGAAUUUAACUGGAAGAAAAACAUGGAGUGGCCAAAAUUCGAUUUUGCUAAGUAUUCAUAUAUUCAGUCACAGCGACUGUCAAGUGCUAGGAAAUCGAACUGUGGUUUGAAAAAGAAUCGGUCUAAAACCUGUCGUUCUUUGGCGCCCGAUUUUGAAAAUAUCACUAAAAAGAGAAGUUCAACGAAAAGAAACAUUGUGCAAAACGAAAGUAUUAUAACCUUGCAUCAGCAAAUAUCGCCGAAUAGUAAUCCAUCAACCUGCGCACGAGAUCUCUUCCAAAUGAAUAGGAAAAUAAAUACAGAGAAAAUACCACCGUUAUCGCCAAUCCUCAUCAAUGGAUUUCUGAAGAAUGCAACAGCAUAUUCGCCCGCACCUCUGAAAGAUUCAAAUUUAAAUGUAAAAGAGAUGUUAAUAUCAAUGCGUACAGAUUCAGUGAAUUUAGUAGCAACUAACACUUCGCAUUGUGAAGAUCCGAUUAUUCUUGAAUCUCCGGAGCCUGUAUUCAUUCCGCUACAUUUCUCAUUACAAAGAUCAAAAGUAAUACCACGAAAUCAGACUUUUACUAAUCAGUCUAAAUUAAGUACUUCUUUUGCUACCGCUGCAAAGGAAUCCGGCAAUUUAAAUUCGAAAUGCUGGAAAAAUGGUAAAACAAAUCACAGCCCGAAAUUGCAUGCAUCUUCCAAGACAGCAGUUUCAAUAAGUGCCCACUCUUUGGAUAAUUCCCUGAUUUCUCUGGAAACUCUUCCACUGUUUGAAAUUCAUCGUAAAAGUUUGCACAAGAAUGAGAAUUCCCCAAACUUAAAUUUUAUAAAUUCUCAAUUAAGCACUGAAACUGACGAAUCCAUCACGAUACGACAUACGCGGAGCAAUAGCGAUGUCUUGCAAAAUCAUACCGUUUGUAUUGACGAUUCCGAAAGUGUUGCUACCAAAGACGAACAUUCUCAUGACUGCUUUCUCGACGUAAUCCAUGAGAUAGAACCAAAUAAUCCAGAUUUUGAGACGAAAGUUUUUGUACAAAGCAUAUCUUCACCAGCAACAAACCAGUUAAAAAUAUAUGGUUUUCAAAACGAGAGUGUUGAGGUGAUACAUCAAAAGCAAUAUCAUCGGUUAAGUAAGCUCGCGGAAACACUUAAAAAGCGGUUGUUUAUUGGUUCGUCAGAUUUAGUUAUGUGGAAAUGUGAGGAACCGAAGCAACAUCCAGUUAGACAAGUUACAAUGAUUUCAAAGGUAGAGCAAUGGGGAUUCUGCUGGACGUUGGUAAAAAAUAUCAGCGAUUCCGAAAUUGCUCAUAUUGUGGAUUCCGAACCAAUGAAAAGAACUGCGAAGGUGUUAUCUAGAUACAGAAAUCAGAGGGAGAGAAAUGUUGGUGAUGAUCAGGAAAGUCGAAGACGCUAUGUUUUAUCGCAACGAACUUCAGAAGGAACUUUCUGUCUUUAUCAACCUCUUUCGAAGUUAAAUACUUCUUCGGGUGAAUUUAUUUUAUCGCCUCGUUAUUAUCGUUGAAUUCACCUCUGUAAAAACAUUAUUAAGAGUGAAUUUUUCUGAAUGUUCAGUGAAAUGAUGAGAUUGAUGCUUGAAGACUUUCGUUUUGUGUGCAAUUGGCAAUGAAUUGCUUUUGUAUCCUCAAAUUUAUUCCGAAUGAGUGCUAAGAAGCGAUAUCUUGAUGUUUCGCUCAAAUCUUUUGUUGGAAAGAAUGCCAGUUUGUAGGAAAUGUCAUGUCAUAAUACAAAAGUUAAAUUGACUGAUUUGAUUAUUUAGAAGUUUCAUUUGCUC